AUGAAGUACAAUCCAGAUAGGCCAGAAGCAUAUGACCUUGCAAAUCUCCCAAUGAGAACAGCACAAUCAUACUGGGAGAUAAUUAAGAAAUUGUUUGCUGCCACAUCAAAGACUGCCAGAGCAGUGAUUACAAAGUCCACAGGAGUAUCACGGCUACCAUUAUGUGCAGCCAGUAGGGCUUUCUUGCACCCAACUUAUUUCCCUUUAGAUCCUUUUCAUCUCUUCUACGAGAAUGGUACAGCCUUUAUAUGGGAUAUUUGGACAAUAUCCAGCUCAGAGACAGAAAUCAUCCAUUUGCCAGCUAAUAAAGCACGGGCAUUUGGAUCUCUUGUAGCAAAGGCUAUGGUAUCUCUCCCACCUUCUUUCUGUGGCCCAAUCCGUGAUCCUCAUUUGAAGUGCCAGAGUCAAUAUAAAGUAUACGAGUGGAUGGCACUUCUCCACUGGUACAUCAUUCCAAUUGGAAUUGAACUAGGAUUCAAUUCACUAGUUUUGCAAAAUUUUUCGCUUUUUGCAGAAGCUGUGGAAUUUGCAAUGACUAUUUCAGAACGAACAGAAAAGGAGCUGGAAGGGCUUCGAAGCCUUAUAAUCAAAUUUCUUACAGGCUUUGAGAAGCUCUAUGUCGAUGGAGAUCCAGAAAAAAUCUCACGCAUGUGUUUGUGCAUCUUUCAACUGAUUCAUGUUCCCACCCAUAUAAAAUGGAAUGGAUCAAUCCGACUAGGAUCCCAGGCUACGGUGGAGCGAAGUAUUGGUGAGAUGGGCCACAAAAUCCAUUCAAAAAAGGCUCCAUUUGCUAAUCUGGCGAACAUUAUAUUUGAGCGAGAGCUAGUCAAGAUUCUCUUGCUUUAUCUCCCUGCACUUGAUAUCAAUGCAAAUGCCUCAAAAGAAAUGAAAAAGAAUGACAGAAAUUUGAUUCAGAAGCGCAAAAUUACAAAGAGAGAAGGCCAGAAUGAGCAAGUCAUUUGUGAACUUGAUGCCAUUAAUGCAUGGUUAAAGGAGGCCAAUGUCAAGGAAAAAUUUGUGAAGUGGUUUGAGGCUAAAAAUACCCAUGCCCAAGCUAGUUCCACUACAAGCACCCCACCUGGGUCAAACACUCCAAAUAUAUUGAAUCACACUUUUGGUGAAGCAAAUUCAUUCUACAAGGUGGAACUGACAAACAAGACUUAUAUUCUGGUGGUAUAUACUCCACUUAUUGAUGUGCAACCAGUUCUGAGAACUCAAAUACGAGGGAAAUGGGAAAGCCCUACUACUCUGAAGGUCAUUGAGGCAAGCCAAAUUCUAGAUCUUGUUGGAAUAUGGAGUGCUGAGGCAUCUAAAAAUAUUUAUGUGUUGAGGAAGCACCCAGGUUUGGCAAUGUUAAGUGCAGUUGAGUCUGGAAAAGGGGAUGAAGGUAAUGAUACAGAUGAUAGUGAUUCAGAUGAGGAAUAG